GCCGUCUUCGCUAUUUCACUAUCUGGAUUUUCUAUCCUCGCUGCUGCUCAACUUACAAAUGACAAAACCCAGGACUUAGAGAAAAACAGCAGCAAUUGGUUUGGUAUAUCAACUAGCAGAUUAAAAACGAUAAAGGAGAUAAACCUCGCUAAUAAAUUACAAUCUGGUUUGAACAGUAUACGCACUGCACCUCAAUCAAUACAAAGAGUUUAUAUUUUAGCUAGUGAGAACUAUCUCACAAUGUCAGAUGGUCAAAGAACUGUCGCUGGUAUUAUCGCACUCAACAGCGUCAUUUUCUUCGCCUGGCAAGUCCCAAAUCCUGUCUUACGUAGCUUCAUGAAGAGGCAUUUCCUUCAUGCACACGAUACACCUUUACACACGAUGCUAACAUCUGUCUUCAGUCAUCGUAGUAUAGCUCAUUUGGGUUUCAAUAUGCUUGCUCUUUAUUCAUUUGGCCCCUUGAGUUUCAAAUUUUUAGAGAAACAAGAAACUGAACUCGAGGGUACGUCAGUAUACAAAUGGCUCGCACUGUAUUUAUCAGCUGGUCUUUUGUCCAAUCUUGCAUCAACCGCGGCUACAAAGUAUACGCAAAGAACUCUAAUGCCAAGUUUGGGUGCCAGUGGUGCAGUUUAUUCAACACUCGUUAUGAGCGCAUACAGUAAUCCAGAUAUAAAAGUCAAUCUAAUCUUUUUCCCUUGGUUUGGUUUCCCUAUAUCUACUGGUGUACUAGCCAUGGUUGGAUUUGACAUCGUUGGUCUUCUACGCGGUUGGAAGUUGCUCGAUCACGCUGCUCACUUAGGUGGAGCUGGUUUUGGUGUAUUUGGCAGCCUCUAUUUCAACGAUAUGUUUAGACGGACGAGGGGUGUCUUGGGUUACAACGCUCCUGCUUAAUUUAUACCUUACAUUAGAACAUUUAAAUAGAAUAGUACAUUUGUAUUUCUUUAUGGUUGAUCCAUCUCCCCGUC